GGGGACAGCGCCCUGCUGUGGGGGCUCAGGGGUCGGGAGGCCCGGAAACCCAGGGACCCCCGGGAGGCUUAGACAGGCCAGGUAGCUGCUCCUGAGUGCUGACUCUGCACCCUGGCUGGCUGGACCCCCGCCCUGCCACCUCCGGGGCCCCAUCCCUGGGUCCAGUGCAUCCUCCUGUGCUGGGACGGGGGGCAGCCGGCGACCUCAGGUCCCUGAGACCCAAGCCCUUUAGUCUGGUCCUCAUGGGCUCCAGCUACUAUUUCUGAAUAUCCUCUGGGUUUGGGGGUCCCAGUCUGGUCCCUUCUGGAAGAAUGAACUCAAAAGUUUUCACCUGGAGUCAGGGCUGAGAUGCCUGCAGCUCCUACAAAAACACCAUCUUUGUGUAGCCCCUAAAGUUUUCCUUGAAAUUUUCCUUGGACCAAACAGCGGUAUUUGCAGGGAGCCCGCUCCCCCUGCCCAACCUGAGGGCUCCACAGCCUAACAUGGGCCCAGGCGCCUGCUUCUGGCACGGCAGGAGCUGAUGUGGGUUGUAGAUGACCUGGGCAGGACCAGUUGCGAUGGUUCCUGUGCUGUUGCCCACUGGGCCUGCCUGUGUCCCCCACCAGUGGGAAGGAAACCAGCACCCCCUCCAGACAGGUGUGGGGUUCACCGUCCCCAGAAACCACUGUCAUGUCUCAGAAAAGGGGCACUGUGCCUGCAUCAGAAGAUCAGGGGCUUGAGGGGCCUUCGAAUGCUCAGGCCCACAAGAGCUGGGGCGUUGCUUGGGGAGCCCGGGAGCCCACGGGCCAGAGGGAUUACCCAACUGUGAGAGGCUCCCGGCCUCUCCAGGGUAUCCGCUGCCAUGACAACCUCCCUCCCGUGCACAGCCGUGCUGGCUCCCUUUGGGGAGGACCCUCAGAAAGGGGUAGGUUGGUUGGUUGGAUUAGGGUAAGUCGGGCCUGCCUCCUUGAGAGAUCAAGGCUGUGGCCCAGAGUCUGUCAUGCUAACGGUGCUCUCCUUGGUGCUACACCGGACAGAAUCCUCCACCCUGCCUGGGUACCUGUGGCCCCUCCUGGCCCAGGCCUGAGCCUGCUCCCCUCCUGCCCAGAGGAGCAGCUGAACCUGGGAGUCUUGGCGCCACCCACCGCAGUGCCAGGCCAGGGCCUGAAAUGGGGUCCCCAGCACCUGCCAGUCCCACAGCUGACGAGGGGCUGUCCCUGGCUGCCCUACAAGCACAAGUGGACCUGUGUCUGGGCUGCUCCCGCUGCACCCAGCGCCUCAACGAAAGCACCUACCUGCUGUGCAGUGGCGUGGAGCAUGACUGCCCCCGUGAGAUCCUUCUGGCACGUUCCAAGCAGGAGGCCCAGCGCAAGACCUGGCGCCAGGUGGGCCGGAGGCCCAGCUUCCCGCGGCCAGCUCGCUACGAUGUGUGCCGUUACUACAGACCCGGACUAGGCUGCCGCCGCCACCACAACCAGUGCACCUUUGCCCGCAGCCCCGAGGAGGCACUGGUCUGGACCUUUGAGCGCGGACACGGCAUCCCCCGCCUGUGGCUGAAAGCCGCAGUGCAGGGUGGUGGCACUGGGGCUCCAGGCAGCCGCCACUCUCCUGCCGACGCCAUCCGGGCUGAGUUUGGAGGCCACUUCCAGCUGCUCUGCUCCGGUUGCUUCCGGCACUGCCCACCGCGCCUCUGCCCCAUGGAUGCUGGGGGCCGGUGCCUGGAGCAUGGAGCCUGCCGCCCACUCAUGGCCCAUGUGAGCACUGGGCACAGCAAGCAGCAGUUUGUAGAAGUGCGGCCGCAGCCCCGGCACCUGCAGCCGCUGGCCUACUGCAGGUUUGUGGCCAAGGGGCAGCCGUGCCGGCACGGGGCGGCCUACUGCCGGUAUGCCCACAGUGAUGUGGAGAUGGCCGUCUGGAAGGCGGAGCGGCAGAGUGGGCUGCAGCGCAGAGACCUGCUUGCACCCCCCGAAGCUGGGGGCAACGCGUGUACGGCCCCCUUGGGCCAACGCCCCGAGCUCCAGCUAUACUGCCGUGCCUGCCUGCUCACCUGCCACUCGCAGGAGGCCUUUGAGAACCACUGCGCUACCCCAGAGCAUGCAUGGAUGGUGGCCUUCGACCCAGCCAUGCCCUGGGAGCACCGUGCCCCACCUACCGGGCUCUCCCAGUUCCAGCUCUGCCCUAGCCCCGACAUCUGUGAGUAUGGGGACGCCUGCACGAAGGCACACUCAGCGCAGGAGCUGCAGGAGUGGGUACAGCGGGUGCAGGCAGCGGAGCUGCAGGUGCAGGCGGCCUGGCAGGAGGGUCUGGUGUCCUACCAGGCUAGGCUGCUAGCUGAAUACCAGCGAAGCAGCAGUGAAGUCCUUGUGCUGACUGAGACUGUGGAUGGUGUGUCGGUCUCCUGUGACCAGCCCCUGGUGCAUGAGGCCAAGGAGAGGACUGCCCAGCAUUGCUGGACAUUUGACAUCUGCUCAGAAGACCCCCUGCUACACGUGGCUCUGCUCAAACAGGAACUGGGAGCCAACUUCUCACUGGUGACCCGACGGCUGCAGCGUCUGGGCCAGCUCUAUGCUGAGGGGGAGCGUUUCCGCACACCUGGCUCCCUGACCAGCUUCCAGGUGGGGGUACACGUGCAGGGAGCCUCCUUCGGCACCUUUGAACAGUGGGUGGUCUUUGACUUUGGAUACCGGCCGGCGCUUCUGCGAAAGCUGGAACUGCGGCUAGGCCAGGUUCGUGGCCCAGGGUUCCAGGGGGCCCCAGCACCCAACCCCCUCCAGGAGCUGGAGUGCUGGCACACUGGCAACCGCCAGGUUGUGCCUAGCGUAGAGCGGACCGAUGAGCAAGUAGCCUUGAUGGCCAAGUACAAGGCGCCCGCCCUGGCCCUGGAGUUCAGCCCCAGUGGCCGCGUACCCGGCCCCCUCACCUGCGCCAACUACCGGCAGCGGAUGCACCAGUUUCUCUAUGAGGAGGAGGCGGCACAGCAGCGGCUGGUGGCCAAGCUGAACCUGCGAGCCCAGGUGUCCCUGAAGACGAUGCUGCAGACACCAGCUGUGGGCCUGCUCCUUGCGCCACCUGGGGCGCUCUACGCUGAGGUCACCCUGCCCAUCUCCCUGAUGCCAGAUACAGACCAGGGCUUCCUGCUGAGCCGGGCAGUUAGCACAGCCCUGGUGGCUCCGGUGCCGGCACCUGGCCACAUGGUGUUCGAGGUGCACCUGGAGGCCCGGGCCAGCUCCCAGCAGGCCCUGUGGCUGCUGCUGCCAGCCCGUUGUUGCUCGGCCCUGGGGCUGCAGCCUGAGACCAGCCCUGUGCUUGAGGUGCAGUUCCAGGUUGACCCACUGACCUUCCGCCUCUGGCACCAGGCGGUGGAUGACCUGCCUGAGACACGGCUGGUGCUGCCCUACCUGCCAGCCUGCACUCCGCCCUGCCCACGUCCCAUCCCGCCAGCCCUGCGUGGCAACGGCAAGCAGAAGCUGGCUAUGGCACUCAUCUCUGGCGGCCCCAGGGGCCCGAAGCCCACCCCCCCACUGCUCAUCUAUGGUCCCUUCGGCACUGGCAAGACCUACACGCUGGCCAUGGCCUCCUUGGAGGUCAUUCGGCAGCCACGCACCAAGGUGCUCAUCUGCACACACACCAACAGCGCGGCUGACAUCUACAUCCGGGAGUACUUCCACAGCCACGUCACCAGCGGCCACCCCGAGGCCACACCUCUCCGGGUGAUGUACACAGACCGCCCUCCGAGCCAGACGGACGCAGCCACACUGCGGUACUGCUGCCUGACGGAAGACCGCCGGGCCUUCCGCCCACCAACCUGGACUGAGCUGCAACAGCACCGUAUCGUGGUCACCACCACCUCCCAGGCGCGUGCACUCAAGGUGCCCGCUGGAUUCUUCUCGCACAUCCUCAUUGACGAGGCAGCCCAGAUGCUGGAGUGUGAGGCCCUGACCCCGUUGCGCUAUGCCACACCCCACACUCGUGUAGUCCUGGCGGGUGACCACCUGCAGGUCACACCCAAGCUCUUCAGUGUGGCCAGCAGUCAGGCGGCAGGUCACACGCUGCUCAACCGCCUGUUCUUCCACUACCAGCAGGAGACGCACGUGGUCGCCCGGCAGAGCCGUAUCGUCUUCCAUGAGAACUACCGCUCCACCCAGGCCCUCGUGGCCUUUGUCUCUCGCCACUUCUACCUGGCCCAAGGCAACCCCAUCCAUGCCAGUGGCAGAGUCCCUCGUCACCCUCAACACUACCCGCUUAUGUUCUGCCAUGUGGCGGGUACCCCGGAGCGGGACAUUUCUCAGACCUCCUGGCUCAACCCUGCUGAGCUCCUCCAGGUGGUUGAGAAGGUGCAGGAGGUUUACAACACCUGGCCCCCCUGCUGGGGCGGCCGGGAGCAGCGGCACAUCUGCGUCGUGUCCCAUGGGGCUCAGGUCGGCGCCCUGAGGCAGGAGCUGAGGAGGAAGCACCUGGCCGAGGUGUCUGUGGGCAGCUUUGAGAUUCUGCCAGGGCGGGAGUUCCGGGUCGUCGUGCUGAGCACCGUCCACACCUAUGACAGCUUGCGUUGCCCUGGAGUGCCAAGUCUGGAGUUCUUCACAGAGGCCCGCGUGCUCAACACCGUCAUGACGAGGGCCCAGUCUCAGGUGGUGGCUGUGGGUGAUGCGGUGGCCCUCUGCUCCUUUGGGAACUGCAGCAGACUGUGGAAGAGCUUCAUCCGUGAGUGCGUGGAGCACCAAAGUGUCUGUCCCCAGGGACUCUCGCUUGAGCAGAUAGAGCAGAACGUGGCCCAGGCGCAGCGCUGGCCCCGCGGUGGCCAGCCUGCCACAGUCCUCGGAGCAGACGGGGCCGUGGCCACCCUGGAGAACAUAGCAGCAGGGGACCUGCCCCUGGAGCAUGCCACAGCCAAGGAGGAUGCACCUACACCAGAGACCACGGCUGCAGUGGGGGAGAAGGCAGAGGCAGGGGCUGUGGCAGCAGGGGAGAUGGCCAAGGGGGCAGUGGCCAGAGAAAGCCUAGCUGCUGAGGAGGCGGCCACAGUGAAAACAGAGGCGGGGGCCACAGCCGAGGGGGAGACAGAGCUUGAGGACCCUGAGGACUCCGGGUCUGACUUCUGGCCGUCGGACUGGGAGCUCAAUGCCGACGACUCCAUCCUGCAGGAGCUCCUGGACGAGAGCCGGAAUGUGAUGGUGACCGUUCGUGAGGACGGGCUGCUGGACACCAUGGCCGGGCCCACGUCAUUGCACCAGGCCCACCAGUAUGUGAACCUAUCCCCUGCCAAGCUCCGAAGGCUGCUCCGAGCUGAGCCCCAGGCAUACCGCCGCUGUACCUUCCUGCAGGAGGCCUUUGAUCGGGCGACGGCUGUGGCGCUGGAUGGUGUGGUGCCCAGCACCUUCCAGGUCAAGGGCCGCCUGAACUGUGGCAUGGCCUUCACUGGGGACGAGGUGCUGGUGCAGGUCCUGGACGGGGCCGGUGAAGAUGAGGUGCCUGUGGCCCAGCCGCAGGGCCGUGUGCUGGGUGUGCUGAAGCGCUGCCGACGAGAACUGGCCUUCGUGUGCAGGAUGGACACAUGGGAUCCCCGCAUCAUGGUCCCCAUCGACAACUCUGUGACCAAGAUCUUCGUGGCUGAGCUGAAGGACCCCCUGCUGGUGCCUAUCCACCGUCUACUUCCGGGCCGAGUGCAGCGUGUGGGGCACACGAGGCUGUCGGGUGCAGAGCGGCACACACGGCUCUUCUGGGUCCGAAUUGUGCUGUGGCAGGAGCGCUUCUACUAUCCGCUGGGCAUCGUUCUGGAGGUGCUGCCUGAAGCCACCACCUGGGAGCGGUGCCUGCACAUGCUUGACCUGGAGUACGGCUUGCGGGAGCCCUCACCGGACCCGGCCGCCGUUGCCAAGGCACUGCAGAGGUACCACAUGGAGCUCAGCCGGGCACCCGGCCAGCGCGAGGACUGCCGCAGCUUCCUGACCUUCACCGUGGACCCCAAGGGUGCCUGCAACCUGGACGAUGCCCUCAGUGUCCGGGACCUGGGCCCCCAGUAUGAGGUGGCCGUGCACAUUGCUGAUGUGGCCACCCUCCUGCCCCGGGACGGAGCACUGGACAUGGAGGCUCGCCGGCAGGGCUCCGCUUUCUAUGCGCCUGACCGGGAGCCAGUCCCCAUGCUGCCGGCCAGCCUGUGCCAGGAUGCGCUCAGCCUCCUGCCGGACCAGGACCGCCUCGCCAUCUCCCUCUUCCUUACCGUUGAGAAGGGCAGUGGCCAACUGAGCAGCCAGCGAUUUGCCCCUUCUGUGGUCCGCUCUGACUACCAGCUAUCCUAUGAGGAGGCUGAGGGGAUGAUCCGGGCGUACCCUAGAGCCAACCAGGAGCUGCCGCCCUGCCUGGACUUGGUGGACGCCUGCGUGGUGGCCGCAUUCCACUUCUCCCAGAUCCUACGCCGGCGCCGCCUGGGCAGCGACUGCCACUAUGAACAGCCAAACGAGGACAGUGUGCUGGGCUUCCGUGCCGCCCACACAAUGGUCAAGGAGUACAUGGUUCAGUUCAACAGCAGUGUGGCUGAGUUCCUGGUGGGCAGUGACCAAACACGGAUGGUCACACCUCUGCGGUGGCAGCCGGCGCCCAGCAAUGCUCAGCUGGACGCUCUGAGCAAGAAGCACUGUGAGCUGGUCCCCCUGUCGCUGCACCUCCGGCAGCACCUGCGUGGCCACAUCCUCCCUGGCACAAGGCUCUGCCUGCUGGCCUCACUCUGGAGGCAGCUGCAGCUGGCUGCCCAAGCCCAGGACUUUGGCCAGAUGGUAGACCUCAUUGCCACUGAUGACCUGCACCCUUCGCUGGCCCCUGCCUGCUUUGAGCUCUGCAAGGCCCUGGGCCGCUCGGCCUUCAGCCGCUCCAGCCUCAGUGAGCAGCAGCCAACCACCCACCACUCGCUGCAGGUACCCUGUUAUGCAUGGGCAUCCUCGCCCAUCCGCCGGUACAUGGAUGUAGUGCUGCAGAGGCAGGUCCUGCUGGUGCUGGGCCUUGGGGGUGCCACCUACUCGGCGAAGGACAUUGAUGGGCUCUGCCGAGACUUUGGACGCCGGCAUGCACGCGCCCAGAGCUACCAGCGCCGGGCCCUCAGCCUACACCUGGCCUCACACCUCCGGGCCCAGCCACAGGACAAGCUGGGCUUCGCGGUGGACGUGGAGGCGGCUGCCCGUUGCUUCCGGGUACUCUUCCCCACGCACCGAGAGAGCCUGCCUGAGCCCAGCCCUGUGCAUUACCAUGGCCUGCAGCUGGCCGAACCCCCCCAGCGCCUGGAGGGCCGGCCUGGCCUGCAGCUCCGGUGGCGCCGCCGUGUCUACUCGCUGCAGAACGAUGGGUGUUUCACCCCGCUGCCUAAAGCCCUGCUCGACCCGCACGUCCAGCCCAUGGACCCGGCGCUGUGGCGGCGGCUGCUGGAACUUGUGGAGCAGCAGCACUGGUCUGAGGCAGCAGCCCUCGUCCGGGAGCAGGGCGCCAAGGAGCCACGGCAGCGCAAGCUGGGCUGGGUGACACGAAGCUCCUGCGGGCACUUCGUGGAGGUGGUGCGAGAGCUGAGCCCCGGGGAUGUGCUUCAGGUGCAGCUGGGCGCCUCCUUGCAGCGCGGCCUCCUGGCACCGGCCCUGCAGCUGUGGACCCCGGCACCCGGGUUCAGCCUGUGCUUGGAGCACGUGGAGAAGCCUGGAGAGUGCCUCUCAGGCUGUACGGCCCGGCCAGCACCCAACCGCUACGCCAACUUGGACGAAUACAGCCGCGUGUGGGGCCCGUUCUGUGCCCUUGAGUCGGCCACCAGCGUGGUGGCCGAGCAUGACUCCAUCACCCUGCAGCAGGUGGGCAUAUGCUGGGAUGAGGAGCGGGCGCCGCGGGGGCAGCUGCGGGGCACCUUCUGCCUGGAGCUCGCCUUCCUCCGUAAGCACAGCAUCGACGUCAGCUUCGGCUGCUGCUACCUCUGCAUCCGGCUUGAGGGGCUGCCGGCCGCGCCCAACUCUGGGGAGCUCCCCACCAGCCUCGGCCCCCACCUGAACAUCGACCCCAACACCUACACCUGGGUGGCCCACGGGUUGACGGAGGAGAGGGACAUGGAAGACAGCAGGCGGGUGCACUUCUACAUCUGCCACAUGACCACAGAGAAGGUUCCGGAAGAGGUGCUGAGGCCCGGCACUGCCUUCACCAUCGAGGUGCUGCCCAAGCAGCUCCCUGACCUGCGCAAGGAGGAAGCCGUGCGCAAGCUGAAGGAGGCAUCCUCGCUGGUCAUCAGCAUUGCCCUGGGACUGCCCAUCCCCCAGCCCCCCCACCGCCCCACGAGCCACCCUUCUGGCCAGCAGCCCCUCCACAGAGUGGCCCCCAGCAGGUUCCUGAAGCGGCAGACCUAUGACAUCCCCGGAGGCCGUCACAAGCUGAACCCCAGCCAGACCGGGGCUGUGCGGGAGGCUCUGCAGAAGCAGUUCACAGUCAUCCAGGGCCCCCCAGGCACCGGGAAGACGGUCGUGGGCCUACACAUUGUGUUCUGGUUCCACAAGUCCAACAAGGAGCCAGUGCCUACACGCGGUACACAGGGCAGCCCCUGCAUCUUGUACUGCGGCCCCUCCAACAAGUCGGUGGACGUCCUGGCAGGGAUGCUCCAGAGCUGGAGGGAGGAGCUGAAGCCACUUCGUGUGUACAGCGAACAGGCUGAAGCCACCGAGUUCCCAGGGCCGAGAGUGGAUAGCAGAAGCCUACCCAGGAAGACCCCUCGGGAGGGGAAGCCUAACUGGAACCUCAGGAGCAUCACCCUGCACCAUCGGAUCCGUCAGGCCCCCAACCCACAUGCGGCAGCCCUCAGGGAGUUUGACAGCCGGGUGCAGAAAAGGGACCGCUUCUCUGAGGAGGACAUUGCUGUGUACAAGAAGACACUUCGGCAGGCACGGCUGUUUGAGCUGAAGCAGCACACAGUCAUCCUGUGUACCUGCUCCUGCGCGGCCUCAGGCAGCCUCAGGCAUCUGGACAUCCGGCAGGUCCUGAUCGAUGAGGCAGGCAUGGCCACGGAGCCUGAGACCCUCAUCCCUCUGGUGCACUUCCCAGAGGUCCAGAAGCACAAGGACAUCUGUGCCUUCCCCUCCACGGAGUUCUACAAGGGCAAGCUGAAGACCUGGCAGGACUUGCGGCGGCCACCCAGCAUCCUGGGCCAUGCAGACAAGAAAAGCUGCCCCGUCAUCUUCGGAUACCUGCAGGGCUGUGAGCAGAGCCUGCUGGUGUCCACAGAUGAAGGGAACGAGAAUUCCAAGGCCAAUCUGGAGGAAGUGGCAGAGGUGGUCCGCAUUGCCAAGCAGCUGACCCUGGACAGGACAGUGGACCCCAAGGACGUCGCCAUCCUCACGCCCUACAAUGCACAGGUGGCCGAGAUCAGCAAGCGGCUUGUGCGGGAGGGUGUCACUGGAGUGACCGUGUCCUCCAUCACCAAGAGCCAGGGGAGUGAGUGGCGCUAUGUGCUGGUGAGCACUGUCCGCACCUGCCGCAAGAGCGAAGUUGACCAGCGGCCCACCAAAAGCUGGCUCAAGAAGUUCCUGGGCUUUGUUGUGGACCCCAACCAAGUGAACGUGGCCAUCACCCGCGCCCAGGACGGGCUCUGCCUCAUCGGCAGCUCUGGCCCCGGGAAGCAGAGCCCCCUGUCUGGGUGCAAGCCCACCUGCCUCUGCCUGAAGAGCGUGUCCGUGAAUGCUGUACUUUGUUUACGUGAGCGGUGGGCCUCCCCCCGACACCUGCUGCAGGCCCCUUUGCGGGCCAUGUGUGCUGCCUGAUUCUGAUGUUUUUACCAAUCAAAUUCUACAUUCCAGCCUUUGUAACUCUCAGACUGCACUAUGUGACUUAAUACUGCUUUUGCCAUAAAGGCAAUGCUGAAAGUCCUUACUGCUCCCAGUGGUUUGAGGUCUGGGAGGUGGCAAUAAAGGAAGCCCUUCCACUUGCUUUGGGCCUGGGACACAGUCGUUGAGGCACUCAGGAGCCAACUGUGAAUGAAAUGCUGGACAUGCAGGCUGUGGAGGGUGGUGUCACUGUGCUAGACCAGAGACAUGGGGACUGAGGGUUGUCCAUGCCAGGAUGGCAGGAGGCUGGGGUGGGGGCUGCUGGGUGGAGAUGACCCAUUCCACUGAACUCUGUUCCCAGGCUGGCUGGCCCCAAGUGUGGCCUUGGGAUUGAGUCCAAAGUCCUCCAGCUGCAGCCCUUAACAGUGUCUAGCCUGGUACUGGAUCUGAAAUGACUCCCUCGGUGCCUUGGGCACCACUCACCCACCAAAGCAGUCUGUGGGCCUUUACCAAAAAAAAAAAAAAAAAAAACC